AUGCCCUUCCUCCCCCCCUUUUACUCCUCCUCCCCCGCGAACUCUUCGUCCUACUUCAACCCCUCCUCCUCCUGCUACGCCUCCUCCACAUUCGCGCCGCCCCACUCGUUGUCCCCAGACUGGCAGGGUGAGUCCGCUCACUCUGGCAGCCUAGAAUGUUCGUUCCCUUCUAGACAAUCCGGGGGGUCAUCCGACCGGAACGGAGGACGGCGCUUAUGGCACGAGAACUGGCGCACUACAAGGUGACAUCGCCGCACUCAACGAGACUCGAUUCUCAGAAGAAGGCCAACUGGAGGAGAUGGGUGCCGGCUUCACCUUCUUCUGGAGAUGUCGCCCUAGGACAAGCGACGAGACGCGGGUGUCACCUUCGCCUUCCGGAACGACAUCGUGGGACGACUGCCCUGUUUGCCGCGGGGCAUAA